AUGGGCUUGAAUUCUCCGACUACCCCCGCUUCCGGUCUAUCUCUCUUCCCCAACACCAGUACCCCGUCCUUGGCCCGGUCCCAAACCGCCGGUGGAGUCACUAUUGUGAAGGAGGGUCCUGUGCGCUGCAAGGAAGACAAGUUUCUUGCCUCGUGGAACCAGCGUCAGCUUAUCUUGCGCGAAUACAAAAUCGAAUUUCUAAAGACUGAAUCUGGGAAGGUUGUCCUGUCCUUCCCUCUCUCCACCGUCACUUCUGUCCAGCGAUCAGAGGACACCAAGUUGGCCUUUGAUAUCACCCGCUUGGCCAAUCCAAAGGAUGUUAAUAAUAAGGUUGCUUUGAUCACCCGUGAUGUGGCCACCAAGACCAUCACCUGUGAGGUAAAGAAUGACGAAGAGAUCUAUGAAUGGAUCGAUAAGAUCUAUGAACGUUGCCCUGGCAUGGGCGGAGUCAGCAACCCAACUAAUUUCAGCCACCGUGUGCAUGUUGGCUUUGACGCGCAAUCUGGUGGAUUCAUAGGCUUGCCUCCAGAGUGGGAGAAGCUGCUGACCACAUCCGCCAUCACAGAAGAAGACUAUGCGAAGAACCCGCAAGCUGUCAUUGAGGUUCUGGAGUUUUACUCUGACAUCAAGAUGCGAGAGCAGAACCCGCAAUACUAUGGCGGUAUGAAUAAACCAGCGGCCGCGGGAAGCCCGCCUAAGCUGCCCACAAGUACAUCAAUGGGCAGUGGAAUUGCUCCUCCUCGCCCUGCACCUCCUGGUCCAAUGCAGCGCCUAGACACCACACAGUCAGGUAGUAUGCGCUCCGUCUCAUCACCCACUACUGGAGACCGCAAUGCAGAGCAGCAGCAGCAACUCGCGCGUAUGAAGGAAAUGGCUGACCAGGAACGUCGUCGUGUCGAGGAGGAGAACCGUCGCCGAGAGGACCAAGAGUACAAUGCCUCUCUGCCCAAGGCCCGUGUUCCCCUGGCCAAGCAGGAGUUGGGUGGAUAUGGAGGAUCUCCCGACACCCGCUAUCAGCCCAGCCGUCCUGCCCCCCAAGCACCAGGUUCUUCACGCAGUCCAGGUCCCGAUCCUCGUCAGUUGACCGCCCAAAGACCAGCUCCAGCACCACCAUCAUCUCAGAACUCCUAUGGAAAGUCUCAUGUCCGCACUCCGGGUGGCGGUUCUCAGAGUGGCAACGGAUCGAUUUCAUCGUCUUCACACUACAACACACCAAGCGAUGCCCGUUCUCAGGCUUCUCAAGCUAGUCGCUCACAGCAGGCUCAGGGUCCUCCACCAAGCAGACUGCCCGCACCGGUGCAGCAGGUCAAGCCAUUGAACAUUGCUAACAAGCAACCGGCUGCCAAGGCUGUUCCGGACAGUGUCCGUCAAGCAGAGGCAGCAUUGACCAAGAAGCCCGAGCCACACAAGAAGGAGGUGCGCAUGUCGGCUAUGUCAGAGAAUGAGGUCAUGGACCGUCUGCGAUCAGUAGUCUCCAAGGACAAUCCCAAUGAGUCUUACAGUAAGCAACGCAAGAUUGGUCAAGGUGCUUCUGGAUCCGUGUAUGUUGCGCGUGUUAAAGAAGGGGCCACAUCGGCAGUGGCUCGUGAGCUGUACCGACAGUAUGGUCCAAGAUGCCAGGUCGCCAUUAAGCAGAUGGAUCUGCGCAGUCAGCCUCGUAAGGAAUUGAUUGUCAACGAGAUCAUCGUCAUGAAGGACAGUCAGCACGCCAACAUCGUCAACUUCUUGGAUUCUUUUUUGCAGGAAUCGAGCAAUGAACUCUGGGUCGUUAUGGAGUUCAUGGAGGGUGGUGCUUUGACCGAUGUGAUCGACAACAACCCAGUCAUCCAGGAGAACCAGAUUGCCACCAUCUGUGCCGAGACUUGCAAGGGGCUGGCCCACCUGCACGCCCAGAACAUCAUCCACCGUGAUAUCAAGAGUGACAACGUUCUUCUCGACCGUGUUGGUCACGUUAAGAUCACCGAUUUCGGUUUCUGCGCCAAGCUUACCGAGUCCAAGAACAAGCGAGCCACCAUGGUUGGUACUCCCUACUGGAUGGCCCCAGAGGUUGUUAAGCAGAAGGAGUACGGCCCCAAGGUCGAUUGUUGGUCCUUGGGUAUCAUGGCUAUUGAGCUGAUUGAGUCCGAGCCUCCUUACCUGAACGAGGAGCCAUUGAAAGCCCUGUAUUUGAUUGCCACGAAUGGUACUCCGCGUUUGAAGAAGCCGGAGAAGCUGAGCAAGGAACUUAAGGCUUUCUUGAGUGUUUGUCUCUGCGUUGAUGUCCGCAGCCGUGCCACUGCAGAUGAGUUACUUGCCCAUGAGUUCCUGUCGACCGGCUGCAGUCUGGCCAGCUUGGCCGAGUUGUUACGCUGGAAGAAGGCAACCGGCUAG